AUGAGUUUUAAUCUUGGUGUUAAUUUAAAAACCCUGGUCAAACUUUCUUGGUUAAAUGAAACUCCAGCUAAUAAAUUGAACACUAAAUCUACAAUUCUGAAUGAACCAUCAGCUAAUAAAUCAAGCGUUAUAUCUGCAUUUCUAAAUAAAACUCAAACUGAUGAAUCAGGUGCUGAAACUAUAGUCCAAAAUGAGACUAUGACUAGUAAAUCAGAUGUCAAAACUACAGCCCAAACUGAACUUCUAACUGAUGAAUCAGAUAAAACAAUGACUACAACUACAGCCCAAACUGAACCUCUAACCGAUGAAUUAAGUACUAAAAUUACACUCCGAAUAGUUGCCACGAGAAUGAAAACUGCUACAACUACAGCCCAAACUGAAGCUCUAACCAAUGAAUCGAGUGCUGAAAUUACACCUCGAAUGGUUGCCACAAGAGUGAAAACUGGUAGAAAAAAGAAAACAGCAGCUACAAAGCCUUACUUUAGAGCAAAAGAACGUCCAAAAGUCACUGAUCUUACAAAAGAUGCAUUGAAACAAAAUCAAAACCACAAUACCCCUAAUUCUUUCAUGUCUUAA